ACGAUUAAGAGGUCAUCGCACGUAGUUCAGAAUUUUAUAACAGACUAAUAACAAUAUUGAAUCGUCUGAAAGAUGGCAUCUUUAUGCAGACUUACUAGUUUUCCAUCGUCAUUUUGGAAAUUUGUACCGAUAACAUCGAGCUCAAGAUGCGCGUCUGGUGUGACUGGUGCUCAGUCUACUCAGACGUAUACCAAAAACCCGGAGAGGCUCAAGUCUAUUGACACUUUGCCCGGGCCCGGAAUCAUACAUUGGUUGCCUAAGCCUCUAAACAGGAUCAUAGUAAUGGUAGCACUAGUUAUGUUUCAGGAUAUGAGGAAAAACCACGAAAUGAUUCUUCAAAACGCUAAGAAAUAUGGCAAGAUACUCAGAAGCAUUGGAUUUGGAGUUGAUAUUGUGAGUCUAAGUGACCCGCAACUCAUUGAAAGAUUUUGUAGGACGGAAGAUAAGUACCCAAUGAGAUUUCCUAUACAGCCUUGGAUAGAAUAUAGGAAACAUAAUAAAAAACCAUUGGGGAUAUUACUAGAGGAAGGUGAAAAGUGGCACAAAAGUCGAUCCGCCAUGAGUAGACGCUUGCUGCGCCCUCAAGAAAUCGGAACAUUUUUAGAUGCGAUGAAUGGUGUAGCAGCAGACGUAUUGGAGAGGCUGAAAACUCUUCGGCCAAAGGAAGGUCCGAACAAGAACAUCAUGCCGAAUUUGGAAGAGGAGCUCUUUAGAUGGGCUUUCGAAUCUGCCUGCACGGUUUUCUUUGACAAACGUCUCGGAAUCUUGGACAAGAAUUCUCCAAAGAUUCAUCCAGAAAUCGACGAAUUUGUGUACGCUUUCCAGAAUGUCUUAGAGAAGACGGUUGACCUAAUGUUCAUACCUUACAAACUUCAAAAGAUGCUUCGAACCAAAGCGUACAAAACGCACACAGAUUCAUGGGACUUGCUCUUUAGAGUGUCCCGUGAACUUAUAGAUCGUAAACUCAAUGAGCUGGCAGAAAAAGUCGAAAACAAUGAUAAAGUCGACGAUGGAAGUUUCUUGGCGUACCUUGUCGCCCAAAACAAGUUGAGCGAAGAGGAAAUAUAUGGCAGUAUGACGGAACUGUUAGCCGCAGCCGUAGAUACGACUUCAAACUCAGUUCUAUGGGCUUUGUACUGCCUUGCAAGGAAUCCUGGAUGUCAAGAGCGUUUAUAUGAAGAGGUGACGCACGUGAUUCCAGAAGGCGUUGCACCAACAAAAGAUCACUUCAAUGAAAUGAAAUAUCUUCGAGCGGUGAUGCAAGAAACCCAAAGAUUAUACCCCAUAAUAUCAGGAAUAGGAAGAAAAGUUACAGAAGACAUGGAAAUCGGUGGAUAUAAAAUACCACCUGGGGUGUUUGUUGUUAUGGAUACGUAUUCGAUAAGCCGUAGCUCUGAAUACUUUGAAGACCCUUACUGUUUUAAUCCGGAACGAUGGCUAUCACGAGUAAAAGGAGAGAAACUGAACAAUUUCUUGAUGUUACCAUUUGGUUUCGGCGUACGUAGCUGUAUCGGUCGAAGACUGGCUGAACAAGAAAUGCAAACAUUACUCUCAUUGAUAAUUAGAAAUUUUCGCCUUGAAAUCAACAAGGAAGUUCAACCUACAUCACGCCUUAUUCUGGUACCCGAUCAGCCACUGGAACUCCGUCUAAUAGACAGAAAUUAACCAGGCUUAAGAGUCCGGUCGUUUCUAUACAUAGGCAAGAAAAAAAUAACCACAAUCUCUAUCAGAUACUCAAAGAAUUUGUUUAAUCUGAAUAUCAGCAGACAGCUCAUCAGUAAAUAGUUUUAACUUCAGUAUUUUACAGGUCUCCCUCCAUUUAACAACCUCUCCAAUUAAAGACUGCAUCUAAUUACAAACACCACUCUCUGUGGUCGAGUUUGAAUUCCUAUUUUCUAACAUUAUCUGUUCCCUCCAAAUUAAAGACUCCCUCUAUAAUUGAGAGCAAAGACCAUGGUUUUGGUGGACCCAAAUGAAACUUUUCCUUCCAAUUAAAAACCACUACAAAUAAUUAGUAAUAUUAGGGCCUAAUGCUAUUUUUUCUAUAAUAAAUUUUGUUAUAGGGCUUAAAACAUAAAAAUAUUAGCCAAUGUACAUAUUAUACCGUAAGAUGGUGUUUGUGUAUAUUGAGCAACGAUGAUGUUAGUGGUGGUGUGAGUAAUAUUUCAAUGAAAUGUUGCUUAGAACAGUUAAGGAAUUGAUGUCUGGAUUUCAAAGAAAUCCUUUAAUAAGAAUAAAUAAUCAGCAUGCGGUAACAAAACCAUAAUUAUAGGUGUAAUUUUUUCCCUACCAGACGUGGAUAUGUACUGAAUACUCAGUACGUGUGAAAACAAUUGCGAAGAAAAAUCGCAAGUUUUUCUCCUCGGCUGAAAAUGGCGUCACCCUUGGAUGCUGCACAGAUUAAUCUCUCUAUUCUUACCGGCUGGGUAAUAAAAGAAAAGAAAGAGGGGAGAGGAGGGAAAGAGAAAGAAGGGGAAAAGAAAAGGAAAGUAAAUACAGACAAGAAUAAAAAGGAAGAUAUCAUUAUGACCAAACUCACAACAUCCUGCAACCCCUGCUCCACUUUAAAAAGUGUUUUUUUUAGGUUUUUUUUUUUAAGAGUUAGCCUUCUAAAUUAUUUUAGGCCUAAUAGUUCCAAACUCAGGAAAGAACAUUUAAGAUAGAUCGUUUUACCUAAA